UAGAAACGUCGCGCACGCAGCGAUCGGCGCCGUGUGCUUUGAGACGAUGGUGCCGCCGUGCAAGAAGCGCAGCAACAAAUGUGCGUGUGCCAUGGGCAACCUUCGCCAGUCCACUUCAAUCGAAAAGGCGUUGAAUCCCUCCUGCGGCACAAAGCGACAAUAUGGCGAUUCGGGCCGAGCCUCGAGCAGUUCCAAUCCGCCGCCAUGAUUAUCGUUCCUGUACUUCUCGUCAUUUAGAAGGACUGUGAUUCAAGGAUGGGAAGGUGUGGAUAUCUGUGUCCCGUCUUGUUCGGUUUUCGAGAAUCACUUUGGACGGGCGGUACGGUCUAGCCGAACCAGCAAUUCGUUUCGGGGUGCCGCGUCUGCAAAAGCCGCUCCUCUGUAUAUCCCUUGCUUGGGUUGGGGUGCAGAAGUUGCUGGCUGCCUUGGGACUUGCUUUGGUGUCACGGCCACUCCGGCGUGCGGCGGUUUUUCAUUGAAUUUCGGACCCUACCCCCCCACCUUUCUAAUUGCUGGUGUCCACGGCGCAAUUUCACGGCAUCGCGCGCGGGGCACGGGUCUGUGGAACGACAAACCUCGUCUUUGAUGGCGAAUUCGACGUGGUGGGCAAUCCCCGCCGCUGUGGCGUCGGUCGCGGUCCUGGCGUAUGCCCUGGUGCAGCUCACAGUCGAGCCAGAGUCUGUGAAGAAGAAGCGGCAUGCCAUGCACUUGCUGAAUGAGGUGCAAACGAUCUCGGAUGCGGUCGUCGUGAAGCUGCAUGCCCUGGAUGACGAUGUCUUGAGUCUCCAGCAGUGCAACCCCGAUGAACACGACGACGCGCCCAACGACGUCCCGUUGAACUCAUAUUACCAUUUCGACUCGACGGGGAAGAAACUUAAGACCAAGUGGGACACAUACGACGUGGACGCCGAACUCAACAAACUCGACGAAGAGGAGACUGGGGCUGCUGAUGUUGCUGCUGCUAAGCCUUCUCGAAGCCAGGUGAAGCCGCGCCCGUCCACGGCAGUCCUCCUACGCAAAGUCGGCGAACUCGAGCACGAAUUCGAAGCCGUACGUCGUGCCAUCCUCUCCAUCGUCGAGAGUCACUCGACAGCCCUCUGUUCGAAUCGUUCUAGUGGAUGCAUGCGCGCGACCUCUCACGGCUGUGCAAUAGAUCUUGGCCUUCUUGGACACAAUUCGCGGCGACGAAGAAGUUCGCAUCGUGCGCAAGCAGUUGGUCGGCGCCAUCAACGACACAUACCUGGCGACGCUAGACCGCAUUAAAGCUCAAUUAACAAACUAGACGGACACAGCUUUCCCGAUAUCUCCA